AUGUCGUACGACGAUGUGGAGAUCGAGGACAUGGAGUGGAACGAGGAGCUGCAGGCGUUCACGUACGCGUGCCCCUGUGGGGAUAUCUUCCAGAUCACGCGAGAGGAGCUCCGCGCCGGGGAGGAGAUUGCCCGGUGCCCUAGCUGCUCCCUCUACAUAACCGUCAUCUACAACCAGGAGGACUUCGCCGACGCCCCUGAGAAGGAGAAGGAGAAGGGCAUGGAGCCCCCCAAGCAGCAGCCUAUUUCCGUCGCCUAA